AUGAAGUGCUUGCAAGAACAAGCAUUAUAUACAAGAAACAAUGAGACUGAAACACUCAUAGUUGGCUUGUACGUUGAUGACUUGAUCGUCACUGGUACAAGUGUUGAAGGCAUCAAAGAGUUCAAGCAGCAAAGGAUGGAAGAAUUUGAGAUGAUUGAUCUCGGGUUACUCAUGUACUACCUCGGUAUUGAAGUGGACCAAAAGAAAGAUUGCAUCAUGCUAAAGCAAUCGACCUAUGCUAAGAAGUUGUUGCAACAAUUUAAGAUGGUAGAGUGCAACUCGACCAAGUAUCCCAUGGAAGAAAAAUUACAACUCGGGAAAGAUGCUGAAGGAAACUUGGUGAAUUAUACUGAGUAUAGGCGUGUCAUCGGAAGUCUAAGGUACUUGACUCAUAUUCGUCCGAACCUUUCAAAUGUUGUUGGAAUAAUGAAUAGGUACAUGGAAAAGCCCACUAUGAUGCAUCAUCAAGCAAUUAAGCACAUUCUCUGCUAUGUGAAGGGAACCAACAGCUACGGGUUGAAGUAUCAAAGAGGGCGAGGUCCUGAAGAACUAGCUGUUUUUACCGAUAGUGAUUUAGCUAGAGACAUUGACGAUAGAAAAAACACCGCAGGAAUGGCGUUUUAUCUCAACGAAAAUUUGAUCUCUUGGCAAUCUCAGAAGUAG